AUGAAUGCUAAAGUAUUGAUUCGAUGGUUUUAUGAAACGAUAUUUACUUACAAUCUUUUCAUACCUGAAGCAAAUGAAGAAAGUCAUCAUGUGCCAACGACUAUUCAACAUCAAAGAUAUGCAACUAUACUUUAUGUUCUUCUUUUGAUUUUGGCUAUGUACAUUAUCCUCUUCACAGUUUUCGUUUAUCCGCAAACAGAAGCAGUAACAAUUUUGUAUAUCACUCUAUCGUUAUUCAAUCAGCUUCGAAGUGAUCACGAUGAAACACUUUCAUGUCCAUGUUUGGCAACGUUCAUAGCAUACGAAAACUUUGUUCUCAACAAUCUAUCCAUAGAUCGACUUUGUUCAAGUAUUUUCGUUAGUGAACAGUGGAUACAAUCACUAUAUGUACCAGUUGCUAGUUCUUUUCUCAUGAUAUACUUUCGAACAACAGCUUACUCUCAAUUUAAAUUACUUGCAGCAUUUUGUAUACUUGCUCAAGAGAUGAUUUCUCAAGUUCUUACCGAUAUCAACUAUCAACAAUUGGUCAGCAUUGAACUUCUAACAAAAGAUAAUGUUCACUCUCAAGUCGCCGAAAAUAUCAAACUUAUGCGGAUCAUAGCUCAAUCCAAUUCGUUAACCUCUGCGCUGAAUACCAAUGCACAUUUUUCUAUAACUGCAAUAGAUAAUCUCCAGUUUACUAUUGCAAGAAUACGCCGAUGUUUGUCUAUACAAAAGCCCGACACUCCGUUAUCUUCUACAACUUCCAACAUUUCUAACGUUAUCGAUGGAUUCUUCAGCGGUUGUACUGUACUUGAUGGUCUACUCGUUAGUACAUUAGAUUGCUUGUACAAUCCCCAAUGUCUCGAGCAACUAACAAGUUACUUUCCCGACUUAAACCAAACUUCUAAUUUCACCAAUUCUCACCUAUCACCGAAUCAUCAGAGCAGUUCUUUUUAUGAACGUCUAUCUGACCUCUUUAUCCAAAACUGGUCAUCAACAAUCAAUUAUUCGAAAUAUUUUAACAAUUGA